GUAUACAUUUGAUGUCUUCAUUUAAAAACAUUAGGAAUUGGCUUGCAGAGGGUUCUGUAAACUUUUGGUCAAAGAAACUUGUGAAUAUUUAUUUAAUUCCGAUAAUUCUUGGAUAUCAAUCACAAAAAUUAUCGUUACUCAUACAAUAAAUGUAACUCUUUUGCAUUAAUCAUGCGGUAAACAAGAACAGCUUAGGAUUAUUUACAAAUUAUCGACUAUUUUUGUUGUUCCUAGCAAUACAAUUGAUAAUUAAUCAGUUUUUCACCUGCUUCGCUCUGUUUCCAAUUCACUAUCCACUAAGUAUUUCAGGAAUAAACAUGUUAAGAUGUAUCUGACGCUGAAAUUUCCACUUAUUUUUCUUAUUGUUUUAUUGGAAUCUUUUAAAAGUGUUGAACCCAAAACCUCAAAAAACAAUGAUAGUGAUUCAGUUGUUUUGGAAACAUAUGAAGAUGAAUCUUAUAAUGACUUGUUGGUAAAUAGUGAAAGAGUAAGGCCAAAAAAAGAUCGGAAAAUGAUGACACCUUAUGAGCUAUUAUUCAGUGGUCCCGAGGCGGCAAGUGAUUCUUAUUUAUUAUCUAAAGAUCAUCUCAACAAGAAAGAAGAUCAUUUCCAAACCUUUCUCCUGUGGUUAAAGUAUAAUGUAAUAGCCAACAAACCAGAUAAAUACCAAUUGAUUAUGGACAUAUUAAGAAGUCGCAUUUAUGUUAGAUAUGCGCUAGAAGAGUACAAUAGAAAACUGUUCGUUCGAUUGAUGAAGGCUUUAACAAUUGAACGUAAACCUCAACUUAACUGGCAAAACAUUUGGGACCAAUGGGUGAAGUAUGAUAAUAAAAGGCAAUCUCACAAGAAUCAAGAAACUGAAAGUUCAGGAAAAACUUCAAUCGAUUCUUUUAUUUCUGAUAUUGUCAGGAAAAAUGCCAAGGAUCCUCUUGGAAUCAUGUAAAUUGUUUGACUCUUUAAUGGUAAGACUUUUUAUUUCACUUAGCAAUUGGAAAUACUUUUGAUAAAUUUUAUUUUAAAAUUGAAUUAAAAGUAAGAUUUAAUAAAUACUAUAAUAAUAAAUACUUCAAUAAAUAAUUAUCCUCGAGAAGAUUUGAUUUGACUGACAUUCUGUUGAAUUUAAAAUAUGCUAUUCAAUCAAAAUGAAUCAUAAUUGUGAUUUGGAUGGCGAUUGCGUUCAAAAAGUGAUGAGACUGAAAACUGUCUUGGUGAGUCCAUCCUGUUUGAAUAUGGAUUUUGAUAUUGAAGGUUUGGUUGUGGACUGUAACGUGAAUAAUGGCCUGGAAAAUCAAACUCGACUGUUUUAUUUACAAAGUUGAACGGAUGUUCAAAGCCACGAGGUGAAGGAUAACUACGAGUCUCAUCAAAGCCACGAGGGAAAACGUCAAAAUUGCGAGGAAACCCAUUAUUAGCUUCGAAACCAUGUGAAUGUUCAAAAGUGCUUUUAGGAUGAGGAUUGUCAAAGUUCUUAUGGUCAAAUCCUUUGAAGCUAUCUGGUAUAUCGAUAUCAUGAAUGCUGGGAUGGGCUGGUUUUUGUCGAGCAAGUCCGAUCUCUCUUAUAAUGUGAAUCAUGUUGAAAAGGAAAUCUUGCUGGUGAUUCUGUCGACCCAAGACUUCAACCAAAAUUCUGGUUAUCAUGUUGAUUAUGGAAACAAAUUUGUGACUGUGAUGAUCAAUGGAACCAAAUAGCUUGAGAAGAUAUUUGCCAAACCCAAAGGAACACUUUUUAAUGGCAAAACCAAGGCUUCCUAUGCUUAUGAGAAGAGCUAUCAACAAAGCCAAAACAAUGGCACUCAAAGCUGCUAAAAUGGCCAAUGCUAUAGUGGCAGUCAAUUGAGUUGUUGUCUGUCUACUUUGACGGCCAAAUAAUCGUCUAAAUGGUGCCCAUCGCAUGAAACUUGACUUUGUCUCUAUUGGUAUCAAAGAUGAGUUUGUAUUUUUAUCUUUAUUGGACAGCUUUAACCUCACAGGGAUUACGAAUGAUUUGUCAGUAAAUAUUGGUUGAGAUGAUGUCGAUGAUGGAAUGGAAACUGGCAAUGAUAGUUGAUUUGUCGAUGAACGUGGAAUCACUUUUUCACAAUUAACCAAGGAAGAUGGAAUGAUGAUCAAAACAAUAAUUGUAAACAACAUAGUAAAGG